UGUCUGUGCUGGAGCUUUGGACUUUGGAGUUUUGAGGUCCUGGAGGUCCUGGGGACGUUGAGACAUGAAACUGUCCCACCUUCAGAUCCUGGUCACGUGGGUUGGGAGCCUUUUUGUUGGGUCAGUGCUCGGCUCGACGGACGAGACUCGUCUGGUGAGGAAGCUGUUUAAUGGCUAUAAUAAGGUGGUGCGUCCUGUCAAUCACUUCAGUGACGCGGUGGUGGUGACGGUGGGACUGCAGCUCAUCCAGCUCAUCAGUGUGGAUGAAGUCAACCAGAUCGUGACGAGUAACGUCCGACUCCGACAGCAAUGGAUCGAUGUGAAUCUGCAGUGGAAUCCUGACGAUUAUGGAGGAAUAAAGAAGAUCAGAGUCCCAUCGACGGACAUCUGGAAACCAGACCUCGUCCUGUACAACAACGCUGACGGGGACUUUGCCAUCAUCCAUGAGACCAAAGUGUUACUGGAGAACACGGGGAUGAUCACGUGGAAUCCUCCGGCCAUUUUUAAGAGCUACUGUGAGAUCAUCGUACUGCACUUCCCCUUUGACCUGCAGAACUGCAGCAUGAAACUGGGGACCUGGACCUACGACGGACGACUGGUCAUCAUCAACCCGGACAGCGACCGUCCCGACCUCAGUAACUUCAUGGAGUCUGGGGAGUGGGUUCUGAAGGACUAUCGCAGCUGGAAGCACUGGGUGUUUUACACCUGCUGCCCCGACACGCCGUACCUGGACAUCACGUAUCACUUCCUGAUGCUGCGUCUGCCGCUCUACUUCGUCGUUAACGUCAUCAUCCCCUGUAUGUUGUUCUCUUUCCUCACCGGCCUGGUCUUCUACCUGCCCACGGACUCCGGAGAGAAAAUGACCCUGUCCAUCUCUGUCCUUCUGUCCCUCACUGUUUUCCUGCUGGUCAUCGUGGAGCUGAUCCCGUCCACGUCCAGCGCCGUGCCGCUCAUCGGGAAGUACAUGCUCUUCACCAUGGUCUUCGUCAUCGCCUCCAUCAUCAUCACCGUCAUCGUCAUCAACACUCACCACCGCUCGCCCAGCACGCACACCAUGCCCAACUGGAUCCGCAAGGUGUUCAUUGAAACGCUCCCAAACCUGAUGUUCUUCUCCACCAUGAAGCGUCCCAGUCAAGAGAUCCGACAGAAGAGGCUGUUCCCGACGGACAUGGACAUAUCGGACAUCUCAGGUAACCCCACCCCCACCAGCAUCACCUACCAGUCUCCAAUCACAAAGAACCCCGACGUCCGCAGCGCCAUCGAGGGGGUCAAAUACAUCGCUGAGACCAUGAAGUCCGACGAGGAGUCCAAUAAUGCGGCGGAGGAGUGGAAGUUCGUGGCCAUGGUUCUGGACCACAUCCUCCUGUGUGUGUUCAUGGCCGUGUGCAUCAUCGGGACCAUAGCUGUGUUUGCUGGGAGACUGAUCGAGCUCCACAUGCAGAGUGACCCCUGACCCUCGUGACCCCUGACCCUCCAGACCCCUGACCACCGACGCCAAAUGCAUCGAGCCCAAGGACCCGCCCCAAACACGCCAAAGACACUUCAGCUUCAUGUUUUUAUUAUUUUAUUUUUGAUGUUAUUUUGAUGUAAAACUUGGUGCAGAUGUAGAAUAAACAUUUACUUUAGACAAACACGAGAAUCUUCACUUAAAAAACAUAAAACGUUUUUUUAUUAAACAGCAAAGACCUGGAUAAAGAGCGAGUCACUGCACAAACGUCUGGAAUUAUUAACACUGUUAUGAUUCUACAGAGAAAGACGCUUAAACAGCUCAAUAAACAAAUAAAUCAUUCAAAUAAAUAAACAGAAAAAGUGCAAAAAACA